CAUUCUUCUGGCCAGUCUUGCCCUUUGCUCCUGGUUCUCCAAGCUGUACCCAGAGCUCUCUGGUCCAGCAUGUACCUGGAGGCUGCUUUUGACCAUGUUUUGAGAGUGGCAUGGCUUUAUCUAACGGGAUGAACCUGGCUAAAGAGAUUAGCAAAACGUCUUGUGGAUCCCACUUUUAAUCUGCAGCGUUCAGGCUGCCCCUUCUUGGCUGGGAAGGGCGCUGAAGAAACAACGCCCAGGACCAGGACUAUCCCCUGCUCAAGCUGUGAUUCCGAGACCCCUGCCACCACUACUGCAUUCACGGGGAUCCCAGGCUAGUGGGGCUCGACAUGGGCAGCCCCCAGGGCAGCUCCCUACAGCUUGGGCCAUCUGCACUUUUCCCAAGGCCCUAAGUCUCCACCUCUGGGCUCGUUAAGGUUUGGGGUGGGAGCUGCGCCGUGGGAAGCAACCCGGCCUACACUUGGCAAGCAUGGCGCUACUGAAAGUCAAGUUUGACCAGAAGAAGCGGGUCAAGUUGGCCCAAGGGCUCUGGCUCAUGAACUGGUUCUCCGUGUUGGCUGGCAUCAUCAUCUUCAGCCUAGGACUGUUCCUGAAGAUUGAACUCCGGAAGAGGAGCGAUGUGAUGAAUAAUUCUGAGAGCCAUUUUGUGCCCAACUCAUUGAUAGGGAUGGGGGUGCUAUCCUGUGUCUUCAACUCUCUGGCUGGGAAGAUCUGCUACGACGCCCUGGACCCGGCCAAGUAUGCCAGAUGGAAGCCCUGGCUGAAGCCGUACCUGGCUAUCUGUGCCCUCUUCAACAUCAUCCUCUUCCUCGUGGCUCUCUGCUGCUUUCUGCUGCGGGGCUCGCUGGAGAACACCCUGGGCCAAGGGCUCAAGAAUGGCAUGAAGUACUACCGGGACACAGACACCCCUGGCAGGUGUUUCAUGAAGAAGACCAUCGACAUGCUGCAGAUCGAGUUCAAAUGCUGUGGCAACAACGGUUUUCGGGACUGGUUUGAGAUUCAGUGGAUCAGCAAUCGCUACCUGGACUUUUCCUCCAAAGAAGUCAAAGAUCGAAUCAAGAGCAACGUGGAUGGGCGGUACCUGGUGGACGGCGUCCCCUUCAGCUGCUGCAAUCCUAGCUCGCCACGGCCCUGCAUCCAGUAUCAGAUCACCAACAACUCAGCACACUACAGUUACGACCACCAGACGGAGGAGCUCAACCUGUGGGUGCGUGGCUGCAGGGCUGCCCUGCUGAGCUACUACAGCAGCCUCAUGAACUCCAUGGGUGUCGUCACGCUCCUCAUUUGGCUCUUCGAGGUGACCAUUACAAUUGGGCUGCGCUACCUACAGACGUCGCUGGCUGGUGUGUCCAACCCCGAGGAAUCUGAGAGUGAGAGCGAGGGUUGGCUGCUGGAGAAGAGCGUGCCGGAGACCUGGAAGGCCUUUCUGGAGAGUGUGAAGAAGCUGGGCAAGGGCAACCAGGUGGAAGCCGAGGGCGCAGACGCAGGCCAGGCCCCAGAGGCUGGCUGAGGGCCCUGGGGCCCCUCCCCUCCCGAACACUGAGAAAUAGUGGACUCCAAGAAACGCGGAUCUCCCCUUCAUCCAACUCUGAAAGUCUGAAUCUCCCAAGGAGGGCACCAUCUUACAGAGACUCUCCCUGACGGUGGAAUUUAAGUUUAGGGUCCCUAAAAGCAUUUGACACACAGUUGUUGAAUGACUGACCCAAAAUGUGAAUGAAGCUAAUGUGAAUGUGAAUGAAGCUCCCUUCAGGCCUGCUGCCCUAGGAUAUGUCCUCCUGGUGACUCAGGGGCUCUCUCAGAGGACUAGCCCAGGACCCAUCUUUCUUACAUGGAUUUAGUCCCACCCUAUGGCCACUGGCCGUAUCUGAGGGCUGCUCCCCUUUUAGAAUUUACCUCUUAUGAGCUCCAUGUUGCUUCACUCUAUAUCCAAAGUGUCACUUGGUGCAUAGGCACAGAAAUCUGAAAAAUGGCCAUGUUGUCUUUUUUUUUUUUUUUUUUUAAUGCCAAGAUUGACAGGUUGGCCGUUUGCUUUAAUGCCAGAAGUUGGGGGAAAGUUACACUUUUCUAAGAAUAAUGGACUCUUAAGGCAUUGAGGGCUCUAAACAGGAUUCUUUAAUCAUGGAGCAAGAGAAUUUCAAGGCAGGAGAUUAUUUCCCCCACCAAAAACACAGUGAAAGGCCUGCUUUUGUGUCCCAUUCACAUGCCCUUGGUCACUGAGUCUGGAGUGAACCAUGGGUUGAGGAAGUCAGGCUGUUGGCGUGUCCCAGCACCACACCACCCCUAAAGCGCCCGGUGAUCUCCUGUGGCUCAUCUGUGGAAGCAGUGGGGUAGGCUGCUGCCCUGUUGUGGAAGAGGAGCAACAAUCAGACAUGAGUCCACCCUUAGGAGACCAGGCCUCAGCUCUUGGUGGGCCCAGGGACACCCACACAGGUGGCCAUCACAGCCCCAUGGACAACACUAAUUGUCCACAGCAAAGGGCAAGGAAUCCUCUGGGAGCUUCUUCCGUUUCUUCCCCCCAGAUACCCAUCUUGAAAAACACUAUUUCUGGAAUGCUUCUGCAUCAAAGGAGAUUCUUUGAGAUAGCCCAUCUUCCUGAGCUAGCAAAUACAGGAGUUUUCACUUUCUUUAGGAAAGAGAAGCUUUCAGGGGAAGGAGAGAAUGAUUUUGCCGACUUCCCAAGCCCUGGUGACCAGACCAAGGCAGGGCCCAGCAUAAUUCUGCCAGUUGGAUGAACAUUCAAGAGAGCUCAUUCCUACCUGGCUGGAGACCGAGGCCAGAAGGCAAAAACCAGAAAGGGAACAGUCCAUAAUUUAUCUCUGCUUCUGACCGAUGGUGUUUGGGAAUAGGUUACUUUGGACUGAGUUUGGGUUCUUUGCUGUCCUAAGAACUUUAGUGUAGAGAAAAUAAGACUUCUGGUGCUGCCUGGGGUAUGUUCUGGGCUUAAUUCCCCCAAGCAGAAGACCAGAUCCAAGAUGUCUGGACACCCUGUCAGAUGUUGGUCCUAAGUUUAAUUAGAUUUCUGAAUCUCGUUGAGGCCAAGGAAUGAUCCAUACUGAAAAAAUGCUGAGCCAGCCAUCUUUGGCAAAGGUCUCUGAGCUCUCGCCGUCUCUCAAGAGUGCUGAGAACCAUGGUGAAAGUGCUGCUCUAGGCCCACAAGUGUAACUGUGCUGUUAACAGCUGUCAAUAGAUAUUAAAAUUCAUACUGCAUGAAAAUCACUUUUGUUAAAUGACUGUUUAAGCCCAUUCAACAACAUACAUCGCAGAAUCCCCUACUACAGCUAGUAUUUGCC